AUGCUUGACUUCCGCACAGAGGGCUUCCAGGGUUGCGCAGUCAAAUACUCUCCCUUCUUUGAUAACCGACUCGCUGUUGCAUCCUCGGCAAAUUAUGCCCUGGUUGGAAAUGGCCGUGUCUACAUUUUAGAGCUUACACCUAAUGGAAUUGUUCCAGUGAAAUGGUUUACCACUCAAGACUCUCUUUAUGACCUGGCCUGGUCAGAGCUUCACGAAAACCAAGUCCUGACAGCAUCAGGUGAUGGCAGCAUUAAGCUGUUCGACUGCACCGCCGAUGACUUCCCCAUUAUGAAUUGGAGAGAACACAACCGGGAAGUGUUCAGCGUCAACUGGAAUAUGGUCAAGAAAGACACAUUUUGCUCGAGUAGCUGGGAUGGCACUAUACGUAUAUGGUCGCCACAUCGCCAGCAGUCUCUUUUUACCCUCCCAACCCACAGCUGUACCUACUCAGCUGCCUUUAGCCCACACAACCCCGACCUGCUCUCAUGCGUCACCACUGACUCUUCUUUACGCCUUUUUGAUCUUCGCACUCCAGCAUCGGCCAGCAACCACCUCGUCCUCCAAAUGCAUAUUCACGCUUCCCCGAUUGCGCAGGCUAUUCCCAACUAUCCAAAUGGGGAGCCGGCGUACACUAAUGCCCCAUCCGAAGCUCUGACUCACGAUUGGAAUAAAUAUAGACCUACUGUAGUGGCCACAGGAGGCGUUGACCGCUGUAUUCGUACAUUUGAUAUCCGCGCUCCGCAACAGGGACCACUAUCUCGUAUGGUAGGUCAUGCCUUUGCUGUUAAGAAGGUAGCCUGGUCGCCGCAUCUACCAGACACUCUCUUGAGUGCAAGUUACGAUAUGACUUGUCGUGUAUGGAAUGAUGCAUCAAACGUAGGUGAUUCAGAUCCAAUGCGCUCUGGUCCAGUGGUUGGAACGCAACUAGGAGUUAUGGACAGACAUACUGAGUUUGUAACCGGCGUUGACUGGUGUCUAUUUGGUAAUGAGGGUUGGUGCGCCAGUGUCGGAUAUGACGAGUCUGUUAAGGUUUGGGAUGUGCGAGGUGUUAUGGGAUGA